AGUUGGAGGAGUCGGGAUUUGAACCCAGGCCUCCGACUCCAAAGCCCGGGCUCUUUCCACGGAGCCACGCUGAGGGUAGUGAGAUUGAAGUCGGAGAGAGCGGUCGGAGGCCGGGCCAGCUGGCUGGGGGUCCCGGCGAAAAGCCUUUCCUAAUGAUUUUCAGCAGACGGCCCCCUUCACCGCCCCGCCCCGGGGCUCGAGAGUUGCCGUAGUGACCUUUCCCGGGGUUUGCACGCUUUAGCUCCAACCCGGGCCACGUCCGGAAUUCAGAAUCGAAUAGGAUUAAGGUGCCAGUUUUAUCAGAACCGGGGGAUCAGGGCGGGAACUGGACAGCGGGUCCGGUGGUGAUGAAGUUCGUGAAGAUGUUCGUGCUAAAGAGAAACGCCUGUGGCCUGGGGAGAUGCAGAACCCUGAGGACGCCUCUAGUCAAACCGAUCAGCACCACCGCUUCAAGGAGUACAGUUAUGCCGGCCUGGGUGAUAGAUAAAUACGGGGGGAGUGAAGUGCUGCGGUUUACGAGGAACAUGGUGCUUCCCGCUAUUCGGUAUCCGAAUGAAGUCAUUAUUAAAGUCCAUGCCGCAAGCGUAAACCCCAUAGACAUUAACAUGCGAGGAGGUUAUGGAGCCACAACAUUGAAUGUGAAGCGGGAUCCCCUGCAUAUCAAAGUCGCUGGAGAAGAGUUCCCACUGACUCUGGGCCGUGAUGUCUCCGGCGUGGUGAUGGAGUGUGGCCUAGAUGUGAUCUACUUCAAGCCUGGAGAUGAGGUGUGGGCCGCAGUCCCUCCUUGGAAACAAGGCACCCUGUCUGAGUUCGUGGUGGUCAGCGGGAAUGAGGUCUCUCACAAGCCCAAGUCACUUACGCACACACAAGCUGCCUCCUUGCCCUACGUGGCACUCACCGCCUGGUCUGCCAUGAACAAGGUUGGCGGCCUGACUGAAAAGAACUGCAGGGGCAAACGCAUCCUGAUCUUGGGAGCUUCAGGUGGAGUUGGUACCUUUGCUGUUCAGGUGGCAAAGGCCUGGGGAGCACAUGUCACCGCCGUCUGCUCACGGGAUGCAGAGCAGCUCGUCAGAAAGCUCGGUGCAGACUGCGUUGUCGACUACAGGUCCGGAAACCAGGAAGAGCAGUUGCGGUCUUUCAAACCGUUCGACUUCAUCCUGGACAAUGUCGGGGGAGCCACUGAGAAAUGGGCCCUGAGCCUUCUCAACAAGUGGUCAGGGGCCACCUAUGUGACCCUGGUCACCCCUUUCCUGCUGAACAUGGACAGGCUCGGGGUGGCAGACGGCAUGCUGAGGACAGGGGUGACCAUUGGCUCCAAGACCCUAAAGCAUUUCUGCCAAGGAGUCCAUUACCGCUGGGCGUUCUUCAUGCCGAGUGGCCCCUAUCUGGACGAUAUUGCUGAGCUGGUGGACAGAGGCAAGGUCCAGCCGGUGAUCGAACAAGUCUUCUGUUUUUCUGACGUCCCCAAAGCCUUUGAGAAGGUAGAGGGUGGUCACGCACGUGGAAAGACUGUGGUCAACGUAGUGUGAAACAAUAAACUUUGGCAUUCACAGCUCUCA